CUCUCCUCCGCCAUCUCCGCUUUCAUCACCAUCUGUCCCAAGCGCAACCAUGCGCCGCACACUCCUUUCUCUCCUCCUUCUCCCCCUGUCUCUCGCGACAGACUGGGCCGCUGCCUCCGCCUCCGCGCGCGACGGUGUCGUCUCUCUCACCGCCGAGACAUUUGACGAGCUCACAUCCCCCGAUCGCGAAUGGGGCGCAACCAUCGUCCUCACUGCCCUGCCCGCAGGAUACAAGUGUGCGCCAUGCCACGACUUUGAUCCUGUCUACCGGGCCGUCGCGCGCAGCUGGCGCCGCAAGCCUGCCAGCGUGCGCGACCAGCACGUAUUCGCUGAGCUCGACUUCGCGAAUGGCCAGGAGGUGUUCCAGCGCCUCGGGCUGACUAGUGCGCCGACCGUGUUCUACUACCCUCCCGCGGCGGGCGAGCGGAAGGCGGCCAAGACGGGUGCUGUCAACUUUGACCUGAACCGCGCUGGCCUCGGAGUUCCCCCCCUCCACGCCUGGGUCAAGUCCACGACCCCCGAGCCGUUCGACAUGUACAUGCCCAAGUCCCCCGUCCCCUUCAUUCUCGCGCCCCUUCUCCUCGCCAUGGCGCUGUAUGCGGGCUACACGGCACGCGCAGUCCUCCUCCCCGUCCUCACCAGCCGCAUCGUUUGGGGCGUCGCUACCACCCUACUCUGCAUCCUCUUCACGAGCGGAUACAUGUGGAACAAGAUCAAGAACGCGCCCUACGUCCAGGCCGGUCCCGGCGGGCGCGUGUCCUGGGUCGCGGGCGGAUACCAGAACCAGCUCGGCCUCGAGUCGCAGGUCGUUGGUGCACUGUACGGCGUACUCGCUCUCACCGUCGUCGUGCUUUCCGUGUUCAUCCCCGCGCAGAGCUCGCCCGCCAAGCAGCGCGUCGGGACGUAUCUCUGGCUCGCGCUGCUCAUCGUCCUCUUCUCCCUCCUUAUCCGGCUGUUCAAGCUCAAGAACGGCGGGUAUCCUUUCGGGCUGCUUUAGCGAGGCGAGCUUUGCAGAGGGUCCGAAGGCGCAUAGAGAAAAGCAUAGAGAAUGCACAUUUGCCGCAG